AUGGAGGGGCAUCGCGGCGCCGGGGGCGCGGGCCGGGUGCUGGGCCGCCUGCUGGAGGCGGUGCUGGGGAGUCGCGGCGAGGCCAACGCCGUGUUCGACAUCCUGGCGGCGCUGCAGUCUGAAGACCCGGAGGAGAUCCAGGAAGCGGUCCGCAUAUGCAGCCGCCUCUUCGGGGCUUUGCUGGAGCGGGGAGACCUGUUUGUGGGCCGACUGCCCUCUGAGGAGGCGGUCAUGACAGGGUCCCAGGGAGCCACACGCAAGUACAAGGUGUGGAUGCGGCACCGCUACCGCAGCUGCUGCAACCGCCUGGGCGAGCUUCUGGCCCACCCCUCCUUCCAGGUCAAGGAGGUGGCCCUUGGUACACUCAUGAAGUUUGUGCAGUUAGAAGGUUCACACCCCCUGGAGAAACCCAAGUGGGAGGGCAACUAUCUGUUCCCUCGUGAACUUUUCAAGCUGGUGAUGGAAGGCCUGCUCUCAGUGGAGGAGGACCGCGCCCUGCUCCUCUCCCAGUUCCAGGAGUACCUGGAGUACGACGAUGUCCGCUACCACACAAUGCAAGAGGCCACAGGGGCCGUGGCCAGGGCGACUGAUGGACGAGCCGAGGUGCCUCUCGCCUUCUGGAACAAUGCCUUCACGCUGUUGUCUGCCGUGAGCCUGCCUUGCCGGGAGGGUGGCACCCCUAGCUACUAUGUGAAGUAUGCUGAGCCGUCAGACAAGUGGAAGGUGGCACAUCUGAAGGAGCACAGGAAAGCCUUCCAGCUCAUGUGGCUCAGCUUCCUAAAGCACAAGCUGCCUGUCAGCCUCUACAAGAAGGUGUUGGUGAUCAUGCGUGACUCCAUCCUGCCACACUUGGCGCAGCCCACGCUCAUGAUGGAUUUCCUCACCAGCGCCUACGAUAUCGGGGGUGCCAUCAGCCUCUUGGCCCUGAACGGACUUUUCGUCCUGAUCCAUCAGCACAACCUGGAGUAUCCUGAUUUCUACCGGAAGCUCUACAGUCUUCUGGAGCCAUCUGUCUUCCACGUCAAAUACCGAGCCCGCUUUUUCCACCUGGCAGACCUAUUCUUGUCUUCUUCCCACCUUCCUGCCUAUCUGGUGGCCGCCUUUGCCAAGCGCCUGUCCCGCCUGGCGCUCACAGCACCCCCCGAGGCCCUACUCAUGGUCCUGCCCUUCAUCUGCAACCUGCUGCGCCGGCACCCCGCCUGCCGCGUCCUCAUACACCGCCCCCAGGACCCUGAGCUGGACAUGGACCCCUAUGACCCCGGAGAGCAGGAUCCUGCCAGGAGCCAUGCCCUCGAGAGCUCACUGUGGGAGCUACAGGCUCUGCAGAAGCACUACCACCCUGAGGUAUCCAAGGCUGCUAGUGUCAUCAACCAGGUGCUGUGUGUCCCUGAGACCAGCAUCGCCCCACUGCUGGAGCUCACGCCCUAUGAAGUCUUCGAGCGUGACCUGAAGAAGAAGGUUCCGGAGCCAGUACCACUGGAGUUCAUCCCACCGGCGGGCCUGCUGGGCCGCCAGGAGGACCUCUGUGCCCAGUACUUCUCACUCAGCUGACUCCUACCCCCAAAAUAAAUGGUUUUCUAGAA